CUGUCCUUUUUUUGAUAGAUUCUACGAGUCGGUGUUAACGAUAUUAUUUUGAAAGCUUUUUGCAAGCGGGAACAUCUAUCACCUUGCUGGAUUAUGUUUAACAAUCUCCUGGAAACUACACAUCCCAUGGAUCCUUGCAGCCGUAUUGUGUUCGGCGUUUGCUUCCACCAAUGAAAAUGGGCUAAUUCAAGGGGUGUAACUUCGGGAGGCGGACGUCGUGGGGUAUAAAACCAACUGUAGAAGAGCUUUAGUAUCACUGCAUGUAAUCGGGUUUUGCUUAAUUCCUUUUAGUCGUUUUCCCUGCUUAAAAGAUACUUUUAAGCUUCCGACGGCUUAGAUCUGAGUGAAUUAGAUUAAAACUAAUGGACGCGAUUUUGAACUGCAGACCGGAGGACAUGGAAGAUUAUUACAGCUUGCUGGGAUGUGAUGAAUUGUCUACAGUGGAACAAAUUGUUUCAGAAUUUAAGGUGAGAGCACGGCAGUGUCAUCCUGACAAAGAUCCUGCAGGUCCGCAAGCUGUGGAGAAUUUUCAGAAGCUUCAGCAAGCUAAAGAAAUUCUCACUAAUGAAGACAGCCGUGCUCGUUACGACUAUUGGCGGAGAAGCAAAAUCACAAUCCCAUUCCAGCAGUGGGAGGCUCUGAGUGACUCCAUCAAGACAUCCAUGCACUGGGCCGUCAGAGAUAAAAAAGAACCAAUGCUGGAAGCUCCUGAUGUAAAUCUUAAUGACCAGGUGGCUGACAACUGUUGCCAGAAAGAUGAAAACAGCCAGGGCAAAUCACCGAGUGAAAGAAAGGUGCUAGGAGGUUUUGAGCCCUCUGAGGAGAUAUUGCUGUCAUCAAAGAGCCCUGAUUCCCCAGGGUAUUCUGAUUUGAACUGCUGGCAUUUGCGUUUCCGCUGGUCUGGUGACACACCAUCUGAACUCCUUCGGAAAUUCAGAAACUAUGAAAUUUGACUUCAAAGAACAAAUUUGU